AUGUAUGCCGAUAAGACAGUACCUGGAUCGAAUGGCAGCCCAAAUCACAGAAACGGGAAUACGAUGAACAAUAAGUUUGAAAAAUUAAAUGGAAUGAAUAAUAAUUAUGAUGUUAAUCAAGAUUCUAAAUCAAUUCAUACUAUGGAGUUAACUCCACAACCAGAUAAUUAUUCAUGUAUAAAAUCAUGUCCUCAUAUUAUUUCUGUCUUGGAAUCCAAUGCCAAAAAUACUGUUUUUGAAACUUACAAACAAGCAGUACUAAUAUCACAACCAAUAUCAAAUAAAGUUUAUCAUUCUAAAAAAGAUCAUUCAUUGAUUCCUCAAAGUAAAAUAUUAUCAUCAAAGAUUAAAUCAUUAAAAUGUAAUGAGUGUCAUUUAAAUAAUUUUGAAAAUUCCAUGAUUUGUUUGCAAUGUCCUCAUGUUGGAUGUUGUUUCAAUAAUCAUAAUCAUUCAUAUUCCCAUUAUAAAUCUACAAAGCAUCAAUACUCCAUUGAUACUGGAUCAGGUUUGUUGUAUUGUUAUAGAUGUAAUGAUUUUAUUAAUCAUCCUGAUUUGGAAAGAAUCCGAAUGUCGGUAAUAGAUCUGGAUUAUUCGACUAGUGGAACGUACAAUGAAGAUAGCAAUGAAAAUUAUAGAGAACCUGGAAAAUUGGCAACCAGGGGUUUAAAAGGGUUUGUGAAUUUAGGAGCCACCUGUUUUAUGAGUUCAAUCUUACAAACAUUAAUUCAUAAUCCAAUUAUUAAGUAUCAUUUUUUCAAUAAUGAUUUGCAUUAUUUCAAUUGUGAAAGAGGUCAUAACCAAGAUAUUAAUAAUGGAUUUAUUGAUGAGAAUAAUGCAUGUAUUACAUGUUCAAUGGAUAAUAUUUUCAAAACUUUUUUCACUUCAGAUAAUUUAGAUGGUUUUGCAUUAUCAAAUUUUUUAGCAACUUCAUGGCAUAAAAAGAAAUCAUUAGCAGGAUUUCAAGAACAAGAUGCUCAUGAAUUUUUUCAAUUUUUAUUGAAUGAAUUACAUAUUGAUCAUGUGAGACUUAUGGAUACACUAGGUGAAGGUGCAAGUGAAACCCAUGGAAACUCUCCGUGUUCAUGUAUUAGUCAUAGUGUUUAUGGAUUUCAAUUGAAAAGUUCUAUUGAAUGCGAUUCCUGUGAGUAUGUGAGUAAUACAAUGGAACAUGUUAAUGAUCUUUCAUUGGAAUUAAAUAAUAGUGGUGGCUUAUCUGAUUGUUUGGAUCAAUUUACGAAAGCUGAACAUUUAGAACAUUAUACAUGUACGAAAUGUUCAUCAGUUAAAACUACUACUAAAACAUUAAAAAUUCAAACUGUUCCAACAGUGUUGACAUUACAUUUAAAAAGGUUCAAGCAUGAUUUAAAUUCUACCAAGAUUGAAACCAAGAUAGAAAUACCGAUGUUUUUGAAUUUAUCAGAAUAUUGUGUGGAAAAACCACAACCUGAUGUUAAACAAAUUUAUGAAUUAUUUGGUGUUGUUGUUCAUGAAGGUUCUAUCUCAACUGGUCAUUAUACCGUUUAUAUUAAAAAUUCGGGACAUUGGUAUAAAUGUGAUGAUUCAGUUGUUUCAUUGGUUAAUCAAGACGAAGUAUUGAAUUCGAAUGCUUAUUUGCUUUUUUACAUUCUAUAG